AUGGCCUCCGUUAGUCUCCACCGGAGAGACGCCAUGUUAAUGACGGCAAUGUUGGCUACCGAAACCGGAAACGUUGCGAUGAAUACUCUAUUCAAAGCAGCAACUUCAAAAGGACUUAGUUCUUAUACCUACCUAAUCUAUUCUUAUCUCAUUGGCUCUUUUGUUCUUCUUGUUCCUUACAUCUUCUAUUACAUGAAAUCAAGAUCACUUCCUCCACUAAGCUUCUCAAUACUUUGUAAAAUAGGAGUUCUUGGGUUGCUAGGAUCAACGUAUCUAAUCAUAGGAUUCAUUGGCAUCGAAUACAGCAGCCCAACCUUAGCUUCAGCCAUUAGCAAUAUCAAUCCUGCUAUUACCUUUAUCCUCGCCAUUAUCUUCAGAAUGGAGAAAGCAUCUUUCAAUGAAAGGAGUAGUGUAGCCAAAAUAGUUGGGACAAUAGUUUCACUAGUUGGUGCACUUGUGGUGGUUCUCUACCAUGGCCACCGCCUCUUCGCCCCGUCUUCUCCGUCGUUUCCACAACUCCGUCAGCUUCUUCCGCCGUUAGCAUCCUCAAACUCCGAUUGGAUCAUCGGUGGUUGUCUUUUAGCCAUCAAGGACACACUUAUUCCUGUUGCCUUCAUACUUCAAGCACACAUAAUGAAGACAUAUCCAGAACCAGUUACUGUCUCUUUCGUCUAUUUUCUUAUUGCUUCAAUCUUCACGCCAUUGUUCGGAAUCGUAGCAGAAAAGAACAAUCCGAGCUUAUGGAUUAUUCAUUUUGACAUUACAAUGGUUUGCAUAGUUGUUGGGGGGAUAUUUAAUUCAGGAUAUUACACGAUUCAUCUUUGGGCUGUAUGUAACAAAGGACCUGUUUACUUAGCUAUAUUCAGACCUUUAUCGAUCUUAAUAGCAGUGAUUAUGGGAGCGAUUUUUCUUGGUGAUUCUUUUUACCUCGGAAGUUUGGUCGGAGGGAUUUUGAUAUCAUUAGGGUUUUACAGUGUUAUAUGGGGAAAGGCAGAAGAAGAGAAGACACAAUUUUUGUUGCUUUCAUCAGAAGAAGCUCAUCUUCUAAUAAAAACAUAA